AUGAAUUAUAAUUUAGAUAAUGAUAAAUAAUCAGAUUCUUAAUACGACGGAGCACUAAAUUUUCAAAAAUGCUCAUAAAUUGAUAUUUAAUAAUCUAUUUUUAAAGAUAACUAAAGUUUCAAAAAUGGAGGAGCUAUUUAUUUUUCUAAUAGUCAGAAGAUAAUAAUACAAAAUUCUUAAUUUAUUUCUAAUAAAGCUUUAACUAUGUGUGGAGGCGCUAUUUAUUUGAUAUCUUCAAAUAUUAUUAUUGUCAACAGCUUAUUUAGAGACAAUUAUUCAAUUAUGGAGAAAGGAGGGGCAAUAUAUAUCUAAGGAUAUCAAAUCUAACUUACAGAUAAAACAACUAUUAUUAAUAACAAAGCUUAUAUUGGAGGAGGAGUUUAUUAUGAUUUAGCAACUACUAAAAUACAAAAGGAUACAACUGUAAUAAUCUUAAAUAAUUUAGGACACUUUUAUGGUAAAAACCUUGGAUCUUAACCUAGAAAAAUAAAAUAAAUUAACCAUAUAAGCAAAUAGUAAACAAAUGCAAUUACGAUAUCUAACUUUUAAAGUGGAAAUUUUACUAAAUAAAAAAUCUAUAUUUAAUUAUUUGAUGAAGAAGAUGAGCCCCUUGAUUUUUCUUUGAAGAAUAAUUUUGAUAUUCUUACAAGUAGUAUUUAGUAAGAAAUAAACUUAUAUCAAAUUGCAUUCGAUGAAUAAUAAUUAACAGACCAAAUUUCAAUUUCUGUUGGUGAUUAAGCUUAAUUUGAUUAGGCUACUUAUAUGUUCAAACUUAAUUUUACAGCUUCUUUUAAAAGCUAAACCAGCUUUGAUCUAAGUUUAGUUUCAUUCCUUACAUUUAGCAAAAUAUCAAUACCUUUAAAGCUGAACUUUAGACCUUGUGAAAUUGGUGAAAUCAAAUAUUUUAGAUCUGGAUAUACUUAAUGUGAUUAAUGCUCAGAAGGAACUUAUUCUUUAGCUGAUCCAAAUAAAUCUAACCACUAAAUUUAAUGUAAUAUUUGUCCAGAUUCAGCUUAGUACUGUUAAGGGAGAUCAAUCAUUUUAAAAGAUAAUUAUUGGAGAGAAUCAGAACUAACAGAUAAUAUAUAUGAAUGCUAAUUCAAUGGAUGCAGUUAUUAAUAAGAAAAUAUAAAUGGGUGUGUUAGAGGUUAUACUGGAGUACUUUGUUAGGUUUGUGAUAUUUAAGGAGACUUUUGGUUAGAAUCAUAUGGCUCUUAGGGUAAUUAGUGUUUGAAAUGCUCCAAAUUAUAUCUAGUUUAUAUAAUAACUUCUCUAUCUAUAUUAUUUUACAUUUUAUAUAUACACUACAGCUUAAAUUCAUAAGCAGAAUAAAAAAUUUUAAUUAUUCAAUUAAAUUAUCUAAGAAAAUUGAAUAUGUUAUACUUAAGUAAAUCAAAGUUAUAGGGUUCUGACUCAGCAGGUCUUACUAAAGUCUUCUUGCAUUAUAUUUAAAUAUUCUCAACAACUAUUAACUUUUAUGAGAAUAUACCACUAAUUGUUAAACAACCAGUAGAUAUAGGAGGUAAUCCUACAAAUGUCACUUACAAAAGUUUUGAUUGCAUAUUUAAAGGAUCACCCAUAAAAAUAGUGUGGAUUAACAGAUUGCUAAUGUAGAUAGCUUAAUUAGCAUUUAUUUCUUUGAUAAUUUUCUUGUAUAACAUUUAUAAAAACAGAAAGAAUAAAAAAAAAUUUUAUGGAAAAAUUUAUGCUGUUUUCUUGUACUUAUAUUAUUAUCCUUCUUUAACCAAGCUUUUAAUUUCACUUUGCUGGUGCUAGAAAAUAGGAUCUAAUUAUUACCUAACCAAUGACUAUAGCUAAAAAUGCUUUACAAGAACACAUACUUUAACUAUGAUAUUAAUAAUACUUCCUUUAACAGUAGCUUGGACAGUAGGAAUUCCUUUCCUUUUAUUUUUAAAAAUGAGAAGAGCGUAAAAAUAAAAUAAAAGUGAAUCUAUAAGAUACACACUAACUUAUUAUAUCCUACAGUAAGGCUACAGAAAAUAGUAUUACUAUUGGGAAUUAGUAAGAAUGUUUGAAAAGUUCUUGAUAAUGUUAGUUCUAGAUAGCUAUUUCUCAAAUAUUAAGUACUUUUAACGAUUAUUUAAAAAACCUAAUGUGACUAUAUUUAGAGUAAGUUAUCUUUGGAAAAAAGUUUAAUCUAAAAUUGUUAAAAAAAAUGAGCAAACUGUUACCACAAAUUAACAUAGAACAAAUAGCACAGAUAAAUAUGAGAAAUGGCUAUAAUCAAAUGAAAAUCACAAUAGAUUUUAAAGAUCUCCAUUAUCUAAUAUCAAAGAAACAAACAGUGAUCUUAUCAUAUUUUAGCAAUCUGAAUCCAGCAUCAUAAAUCUUUGA